AGGGCGGGCGGUCCGUGCGUGAGGGGGGCCGGGCGCGCUCCGGGCGCUGCCCCGGGAGAAGGGCGAAGUUCCUCAUGGAAGGAUAAGGCCCGAGCGCGGUUGUGUCCCGGUCCGGCUGGAGCUCCUGCAGGGAUCACCUCCUGCAGCGCCCUGGCCCAUAUCUCCCUUGUGCUGUGCCCCCGGGUGUUCUGACACCCUCUCGGUUCCCUGAGAGGGACGCAAACAUGGGACAAGCAGGGGGUGAAUUUGCGAGCAAUUUCGGAAGUGAUCAGUACAAAUCGCUUCAUUGUCAAUGCUGAGGGAAAGCGCGUUUUAGUGUGUUUUCAAAACGACUGAAGAACACUUGAGUUUUCAGCGAAUAUCACAGUGAUCACCUUGUCCCGCUGCCUUUAGGGAGGUGCAGACCCUAUUUCAGAAGGAAACAUACAAGUGUACAAAUAAACGAUUUUCCCUCCAAGUAAUGCGGUUAGAGAGAGAGAAAGAAGAACAAUAAAAGGUAACCAGCCAAGAGUGUGUGGUGGCUCUGUAGAAAGCAGCUCUUGAGCCUGUGCUGGGAUUUGUGUAGGUUGUUCCUUUGCCAUAGGAAAGAUGUAUCGUCAUUAGAUGCCAGACCAGCCGCCAUCUGUGCUAAGCUCCAACCAAAAUGGCAAAGUACAGGCUCGUUCUCCUGAGACACGGGGAAGGAGCCUGGACCAAGGAGAACCGCUUCUGCAGCUGGGUGGACCAGAAGCUGAGCAGCGAUGGGAUAAAGGAAGCUCAGAACUGCGGCAGACACCUCAAAGCUCUGGGCUUCGAGUUCGACCUCGUCUUCACCUCGGUGCUGAGCCGCUCCAUCCAGACCGCCUGGCUGAUCCUGGAGGAGAUGGGCCAGGAGUGGGUCCCCAUUCAGAGCUCCUGGCGGCUGAACGAGCGUCACUACGGGGCGCUGAUCGGGCUCAACAGAGCAGAGAUGGCUCUGAAUCACGGCGAGGAGCAGGUGAAAAUCUGGAGAAGGAGCUACGACGUUACCCCGCCUCCCAUCUCUGAAUCCCACCCCUACUACGCGGAGAUCUACAACGACCGCCGCUACAAAUGCGGCGAUGUCUCUCAGGAGAACCUCCCGAAGGCUGAAAGUCUCAAAGAUGUGCUUGAUAGACUCCUUCCCUACUGGAAUGAAAAGAUAGUGCCGGAACUGAAAAGUGGCAAAAUGAUUCUUAUCUCUGCUCACGGCAACAGCAGCAGGGCAUUGCUGAAGCACGUGGAAGGCAUCUCCGAUGAGGACAUCAUCAAUGUCACCCUCCCCACUGGUGUGCCCAUACUCCUUGAACUUGAUGAGAAUUUGCACCCUCUGGGCCCUCACCAGUUUCUGGGUGAUCAAGAAGCUAUCCAAGCUGCCAUCAAAAAAGUGGAAGAUCAAGGGAAAGUAAAAGCUGCUGAGAAGUCAAAUCCCACGGUCUAACACAGCCGUGUUCAGUGUGGGAGUGAGUGAGGAUGUGUGAAUGACUGCUAGGUUGUGCUGUGUGAAUGUCUCAAUUUCGAGCACUAAACAAUUGGAAGGGACAACUGUUGAGUCUCAGGUUGGUAGUUUCAACCCUCUGCCUUUUCAAAAACUGGAAUUCAGAUCGCAGUGUGAGGUUUUCAGUGAACUUGCAGCGCAGUCUGCCCCAGGCCCACCGCUGAGGAUGGCCCAGUGGGGAAAUAAAGGGAUGUGUUAUUGGUGUCUACCAGCAAUCAGUCCUAAUCUGUUAAGGAGAGAAGCACCAGCUUACUGGAUUAAUUGAAGUCCAGGAUGUUACAGGCACUUAAAACUGUCACUGAUAAAAUGGAACCAGAUAAUUCUGUUAUCAACUGCGAUGCUUCUGUGUCACAAUAACCGUGUCAAUUUUUUCUCAGUGGAUUUCUUUCAGUCUUUCAAAACACUUCCAGCUGGACAACUCUCUGCCUUUGUUAUUUUGAGUCUUCUGUGGCCAGUUCAUGGUCCAGAGAAUUUUGUAGAUAUGUUCUUACUACUAGAGUUGUCAUAGUUUCAUAGUAUUCAAUUUUUAAGGUCUCCAAAAGGAAUCCCUUUUCCUUUUCCUCCACCAUCUUUGCAAAGCCUAGCAUCACUGCAUUUUCCUGGCUUGCAGUAAUAGGAUUUAAGUCAGACUUUAGUCCACGAAAGAAGCACAAAGGUUUUCUGCUCAGUGUUUAAAAUAUCAUGUAGCUCCUAGUGAGGGACCUGAACACCUUUGAAACACCUUGGUGUCCUGUACUAGAGGCUUGACCACCCCUUAGUCAAGUCGAUCAAUAAUUCCUGCUCACCUCAGCGGAAGUGACGUAGGAGAAACCCCUCUAAGCUUUCCUGAGUUGUGAAUAUCUUGAUAAACGUGUCCCACAGUGACACCACUGUGGCAUUACCUGGAUCACGUUCUCUGAAGGGCUGGAAGAGAUGCAUGAAGGGUGCCAGGAGCGGUGCUGGCUGUGGCUCCUUCAGCCAUGCUGCUGGUAAGGAAGGAUAUUCUGCCGUGCCUGAAGGUGUUCUCCUGUAAACCUCUCCUCACAGUCCCAGCUUGGUUCCUGCUGUUGCUUGGCACUGCAUUUGACCAGUUUCACCCCGUGGCUGGAUGCAGUGUAGCAGGUAUGGCAGCCUGGUGUUCUCCUCACGUACACGAGCACCGGGGUAAUUCCGCUUCUGAAGACUUGCUCUCAAUCUUACCUGCAAAUAUGAAACUGGUAAAAAGUUUAUAUCUGACCCACCAUCUCAGACGCUGAGCAUCUGAUUCUGGCCUCGGAUCUCGACGUGGGUGACACUUGUGUGUGUGCUGCUUGAGCUGAUUGUGUUCUCAGCCUGGCCCAGCUACAAAUACCAAUGUUGAUGAGAAUUUCCUUGAUACAAUGAUAAAGUUUUCAAGUCCUAGAGGGAGCUGUUGCUUUGCAGCUCUGUAGCUUGCAUUGUAAGUGUGAGAGGAUGUUUUUUCCUUCUGAGGAGAGCAGUGUGACAGUGUGGUGUGUCUCUGACAGUCUUGCUGACAUGUGGAGCAAGACUUUUCAGGUCUGAUGCCAGCUCACAUUAGAGUAGCACAUACUCCAUAAAAGACUUCUUGCUAGAAGGUAGUUUCUCCUGCAUGAAUGGUGCUCGGGCUUCUCUUUGGUUUUGUUUUUGUAGCCCUUGCAGUAGGAACAAAUUUACGUGUUUCUCUUUUAAACAUAAAGCUGGUAGGUUUCCUCUUUAUUUGUACAAGAGAGAUAUUUCAGUGUUUUUUGUUGUUUUGGUUUUUAUUUCCUCUGAAAUAUUAGCAGCUUCUCUGCUGUUUGAUUUGAUACUGACUUAGUUUCUGAGGUUUUAGUUUUCUGUGCUUAGAGUAACUCUGACUCUUAGUUGGUGGUUUACACGUGAGUGUUCCAGAGUUAGAUUGCUGAUCAGCCAACGUUCACCUGUGAAAACCCUGAGAAGGGUCACUGGCACUCGAGUGAAUAAAUUCUUCCCCAAACAUUAAAUAAUGUGUGAAGCUUAACAUCGAGUAAAUGUUGCUGUAGACUUGUAAACAAGACUAGCAGAGCCACCUGUUGCCAGUGGGAGCUGCGUGCAUCCAGGUGUGUGAGCACACAGGCCACCUCCAUAUCCCUUGGGCGUUGUGGAAUUGCAAUGCAGAACUUCAGGAUGUGGCACCCAGCUGAACUGGGAGACAGGCUCUCUCCUCCCCUUGUCUCAGAGAACCCAUCACCUCUUCUGUGGGUGGAGAGGGGAAUGGAAAGGUGGAUGAGGGAAUUUAGGGAGCGUUAAUUCCAGCUCAGUGGAUGAAAUUGACUGAGAUCAUCCUAGUGAUGCAUGGACAGGAAGAUGUUGAGCACCAGUGUGAUGUUUUCAGGAGGUGCUGUUUCUGCAGUGCUGCUUGAGAUGUGAACAGUGACGGUGCUCUGGGAAGUUUGACUUAGCCUGGAUUGUGGCUCCAAGGUGAUGACAGGAUUUUAUGUGCACAUCUGGCAGCAGUGACACCUCACAGAAGUAUCAAACGGAACCAACUGGGGGUUUCAUUGUGCUCUUGAAGAUUAUUUUAACGCCUUGCAAUUCUGAGUAACCUUUUAAUUUAAAUCCUGAUUCAUAAAUAAUGUAUAUUGAGGAACAGAAACAGAGUUCCAUCAACAGUGAUGUAAGGAUUCCUGAUUUUUCAGGCAUAGCUACAUCAGAGGGAGAAAUGAGAAUCUUGCUUUAGGGAUCAGUGCUUGGGAAGCAUUUUUCCCUAUGUUUGAGUGUGCCUCAAAGUCCUAUAAGGUAAAUGGUGUUUUUACAGUUAACAUAAUGGAUGUGGUUGAUUUUGGUUUGUUUAUGCAUUUUUAACAUGUGGUUCAGUAGCAGUAAUAGCUCUAGAUCCUCUUGAAAACCUUUGUAAAUAUGGUGGAGCUGGCAGGUUCUUUAUAACUCAAUAAAUUCACCUGAAAUAGACUUUAA